UAAUAUGUAUGAAUAAUAAAGAUAUACAUUGCUAUAAUAACCUGGAAGGUAACCGGUAGGGGCUAAUCGGGUUGUUUUUCUAGUGUAUGAACUGCCAUUGAGAUAUCAGUAUAAAAUGUAGUAAUUGGCCUUAACGAUAUUAUUCUACGGUGAGUUUAUAGCUAAUAUAAGCGAUAGUGUUACCUUAUUUUCAAGGAUUGUUCGAAUUAUGUACAGCUGUGUUGAAAGAAUAGAGGCACCCCUUAACAACAGUGUGUGACAACCUGAAUAGGGAAAGUAGGAACACUAAUAACGUCUGCAAAAUGCCAGGUAAGGCGGAGAGGAAGGGCAAAAAGAAGGAUGGAAAGGGAAAGAAAAAAGGCAAAAAGAAGGAUGAAACAGCUGAAAAUCUAGUCAAAAGUCUAAUGAGAAGCUAUGAAAAAUUUUGUGCCCAGACAGACUCGCAAAUGUGUCCGAGCAUAAAGCAAACAAUGAAAACUUGUUUAGACGAUUCGAAACUUAUUGUUAAGUUUAUUUUUGACGCCCCAUCGACAGAGAAUGGCGGCGAAUUGCCCGUGCUAUUGGAUCCAUUACUAGCAGCAUUAAGAAAGGAACGUUAUAUUCAUUUUAAAGAUCUUUAUGUUUGGAAUUACCCGAUGUCUUACGAAAACGUGGCAUCGUUGGCACUUCUGGUUAUCAAACCAUUUUAUCCCGUACGUCAAAUUGAGAUGAUGGAUUGUCUAUUGGAAGCUUAUUCCGUGAAAAGAUUUUCUAGCAUCUUCAACUCGUGUGAUACUUUGAGUAUGAUUAAUUUAGAUUAUAAUGAGUUUGGAGACAAAGGAUGUGAGUAUUUAUGUGCAGGUUUGGGCGGAAAUAAGACUAUGUUAUCCGUUAGUCUGUGUUAUUGCGAUCUAAGUAAAGAAAGUGGGAAGUUAUUGGGUAAUAUCAUAUCGACUACCACCGUACAAGAACUGUAUCUGGAUGGCAACAACCUAGAAUGCGAAGGAACAAUAGAACUCAUUAAGAUCUGUGUCGAUCAAGCAGAAUUCGAAGCCUUUCAAAAAGCCGAAGCAGCAAAGAAGAAAUUAGAAGAGGAAGCUCGACUAGCGGAAGAAGAAAAGGAGAAUCGGUAUAAUAAGUUAGGGACGAGUGCUGAUGAUAAUACGGAAAACGAAUUCAAGGGUCUGAAUAAGAGUACUGAAAAAAAGAAAAAAAAGAAAGGAAAAAAGAAGAAAAAGAAACACCCUCCUCCUCCACCUCCAGUGGGACCGUGGAUAAAGAAGUUACAUUUAGCCGAUAAUGGUAUUGAUUCUAUGGGUGAAGACGGAAAGUUAGCACCAGUGAUUUGCAUGGCAUUGUUUAAAAAGUUGUUAAUGUUUUGUGACGGGAUAGAGGAAAUUGAUUUAGAUGAUAAUUUAAUUGGAGAUAUAGGUGGAAAAGAACUAAUGGACGGGCUUACUUUCCGGAAAGCAGAAAAACUGAAAGGCGUUAAAAUACGAACUACCCAUCGAAUGAACGAUAAUAUAUUCAGUGCUAUUUUGAAAAUGGGCGCGGGUUUAAAGAAAAAGAAGAAAAGGGGCAAAAAGGGCAAAAAGAAAAAGAAGUAGAUUUAUUGUCAGGUUUUUUAAAAACCUGAAUGAAAUAAUAAACUGAAUCAAUUAGCAGACUAAUCUCUUAAAUAAGAUAUUUAUAUUUAAUUAUACGCCUUUAUUAUAAUAUACUCUCCCAAAAAAAAAGUAGGGGAUAUUCAAAAACAAUGCAAAACUGCGAAAAAUGCACUGCUGUUUUUAUUAGAGGUAACCAGUGUAUGUUAAUAACAGGCCAAUUGCCUAAACAUGAACAUAAACAGUUCAUAUGGGCGGCUUAUCUGACGGCCCCAUUUUACUCACAGAGAGAUACACUGUCAAAAGUGAAAAUGGACGUUUUUGAUUUUUUUGUCUUAAUAAUUGUAAUUGCUCCACCAAUCCUCAGACAUUCAGGAAUUCGUCGUGGCAUGCUCCUAAUCAACCGUCCAAUCGCGAUUUGGGGAAAUCUGACCCACUCCUCUUGCAGUGCCACGGCCAAUUCUUGCAGUGUUGUCGGUUGACGUUGACGUCGACGAACACAUCUCCCGAUCAUGCCCCAGGCAUGUUCUAUAGGGGAACGAUCAGGACUCAUGGCUGGCCAAGGGUUAUGGACAAUAUGGUGACGCUGGAGGUAAUCAUUCACGGGACGAGCGCGGUGGGCACGGGCAUUAUCAUCUUGAAAGAUGAAACGUCGACCAGCACGUUGAGCAAAGGGCAGAACUAUCGGUGCCAGGAUGUGGCCACGGUACUACACACCAGUGACCCUUCCUUAAACAAUAUGCAAGUCCGCUCUCUGCCAGUCAUGGUGAUUCCUCCCCACACCAUAACAGACCCACGCCCGAAUCUGUCAUGCUGUCUGACAUUAACGUUAGCAUGACGCCCAUUUACACGCCUCCAAACGCGAACACGCCUAUCGGUAAAAUCCAGAGUAAAUCUGGACUCAUCUGAGAACAUUACACGCGCCCAUCGACAAUUACCCCAAUUUCUACGCUGCCUACACCAUUGACGCCUGUUUGCCAUGUGCUGACGAGUUCCAGUCUGCUGAUCACAUACUGUGACACAUUAAGCAUGUUGGCUACUGCUCGCUGUGUAGAACCCAUUUGAAGCAUGCCAAUAGCACGUAGACGUUCGUCAUGUUGAAGACGUCUCAUUGCAAAUUAAACGUAACACACUAAAGCAAAGAUAAGCUAAACAGUAAAUCUUAUGCAAGAACCGACAGGAAAGCAAACAUGGAUAGGAUAAACCAGCACGCGGCAGUUUUCAUCAACCCUUCCUUGAAGUGUCAAAUUUGACAAUGAACCCCUCUCACGUGUAUGGAGCUAUUGUGUGUCGCAGGUGCAGCUCAGUGGUUCUGUUGGGGCGAUAAGUUCUUCAUCUGUGAACAUAUUCUCAAAGCAUGUCAAGUGUCCAUGACUAUUUAUCAUAUCACAACCUGCACAGGUAUUUGCAUUUCAAUAUCCCCUACUUUUUGUGAAGAGUAAAUAUAAAAUAAAAGUCAAUGACUGGAACGUGAUAUGUUAUAGCUAUAUAGAAAUUGUUGAAUUUCAUUAAUAUUUAACAAUGACAAUGUCAAAAUGCUGGAUAUUUAUAUAAAAUAUG